GGGUGUGGUUUUCACUGGCUCACUAAACAUACCACAGCUUAAAACAGCCGCUCACUAACAGCAGUCACUCUGACUCUCUCUCAGGCUUCAUUUCUCCAAGACCGGCUCACUGUUGCUCCUGUAUUCGAAGGUAAGAACCCAUCCUCCACCAACUCUUAAAAGCAAUGUCAUUUCUAUUCCUGUAUCCUGUUUCUUUGUGUAUCCCUUCUGGCUUUAUUUUGUCAGUAUUUUUACAAACUUUCAUCACCAACUCUUUUCUCCUUUGUGCUUUCUGAAUGGAUACAGACUCUAUCGCUGUGUCUCAGACAUCAGAGAACAUCUGUAAGACAUUUGUCGAGAGGAACAGCUUCACUGUGGAUCUGAAGCUUCUGCAGUUACCUUAAAAACCAUCUGCCACCAGUCCCCCGUGAGACAAUGUCUUGGCCGUUGUUGGUGUUUAUAUGUCUAUCAGCCAUUCAGCUGAGCAUGGGAGACCAGCUUGUGGAGGAACUUAUCACAACAAGUAAGUUCUGAUAUGAAUAAAAAAUCUAAAAUAUUAAAGACAGGAAAUAAGACAGUAAAUCCACCUACUUUGUGUCUCUGAUUUACAGGGAAAAUCUUUAAAUGUUGGGACAAACUUUAUAUAAAUAAUGAACUUUUAAUAAGAAAGGACAGAAAAAAACAACAAACAUCAACGAAAAUUUGAAAUUUAGAUCUCGAACUUAAUUAAACUAAGUUUAACUUCUUAUAGUUACACAACCAAUAAUGCUUAACCUCAUUUCAUACCUUUACUCCUGUGAGUCAGCACUGAUAUUGACUUUAACAUAUCAUUGUGGCAAGCUUAUUUUGAUGUUUUUGGGGGUGGGUCUGUUGCAAAAAACAAGGUAAUAAGUGGAUAAAAUGCCAACACAACAACAAAAGCAUUACAAGCAUGUGAAUCCAAAUUAUGAAUAACAUUUUACAUGAUAAACAAAUUUUUCUAACUCUGCCAAAUGCAUUUGAUGGUUUAGAAAGACACAGAAAGUAAAUUGUAUAUUUCUAUAGAAAGAAAAUGAAUAACUUGAAAAUACUGUAUUUUAAAAGCUUCAAAUCUUAUUCAAGUUCAGUGAAAACACGACUCUCCCAUGAGUGAUCUCAAAUAAAGAACUUGUGAUAGAGUGAGGAUUAUAAUUGCCAGCAGGUAUGACACAAUGGAAAACAAAGUUGGUCGUGUACAGGACGUAUGUUCUCAGUCAGUAGACGGGAACCCUCUGCUGCCGUCUGGUUGGGUAGAGUGACUCAGAAAGUUUGGCUCCAUCAGCACUCUGGGCAAGUUUUCAUUGGGGAGAUGGUAUUUAAUUUGGAAAAGGGGAGUUUGGUUUGGGAGUGUGUGGAAAACAGAAACAUCAGUCAGUGCCCCUGGAGUGUUUUCCUUUGCCAUAGUUCUUACAAUUGGUAAAAAAAUAACAUUACAGUGGAAUACAGGGGAGCCAUGGAUAACUGUAUGGAAUUACAUUCUUUGCUCUAUAUUGAAUAGACAAAGAGUCUUAAUUUCAACCUAUGAUGUGAGAUGUGAAGCCAAUAGACUGACUGGAUAUGUGCUAACAGUUUGGUAACUGUGCAUGAGUGACCAGGUAGAUAGAACCAUGGGACUGACAUCACACCCCAUUAUUCAGUGACUCCUGUGUUAGUAUUUGUAAUGUUUCCUCUCCUCUACUCGACUAAUCGGGUGCAGAAUGCUUUUUUCAACAGAGCUUUUAGUCAUCCUUCUUUAUAAUAACUAAAACUAACUAAAAAUUCUCAGAAAGAAUAUACACUUAGACACAAAUCACCAUUAUCAGAACCAAUAAAUGGCAGGAACCAGGUUUGAGAAAAUGUAUAUGAUGCAUAUUUCGCUUUUAUAGUUUGAUCCAAAUUAUAUCUGUUAACAGGGGAGAAAGAAGGCCUAGUUCAGACUGGCGUAGACCACAACCAGUCAGUAAAUCUUGUCCAGAUAGUCCUGAGCAUUUAAGAAAAAGAGUCAUUCUAAAAACUACGAUGGUAAGACAAACAGUCAGGGUACCAGCGUCUGCUUAAAAUGUAUUCCAUGGUUGUACUUUUGCCCCAAAGGUGAAACAAAAUACCAGCUUUCUGGUGGAGAAAUGUCAGACUGUCUCCAAAAUCAAUGAAUCAUUUAAUAAACCACUUGAUGCAGAACAGCUGCAAGAACUGUCUAUAAAUUAGAUUUCCUUUUGGGGAUCAAGAAAGUGCUUCUUCUUCUUAAAUACUUUUUUGUUAUUUGUUGGCAUGAAACUGGCUGAGUCUUGGAUUUAGUGGUCUUAUAGUCUGUGUUUUAUUUUCCCGCAGAGAAAGUACCUCUCCUGGGCGGCUGGUCUGAAAGAAGUCCAGAGGCAGACGAUGUUCAGGAAGCAGCUCAACACGCUGUGGAGGAGUUCAACGCAAACUCCAAGAACAAGAGGAUGUUCAAACUGGUGUCCGUGACCUCUGCUCAAAGCCAGGUAUGUUCGUUUCCAAAAAUAAGAGAAACCUAAAAGUCACUUCAACUCCAAACAGAGUCACAACAUUCAACAUUUCUGUCUCCUCGACUUAUCAGGUCACCAACGUGAUCAACUUUAAGAUUAACGCAGUCCUGGGAAAAACCAAGUGUCUUAAGUCUGAAAACUCCGACUUGAACACCUGCAGUGCGGUGAAAAAGGUGAAUAGAUGGUUUGAAUUUUUCGUGAAACUCAGAAAAAGUUUCUCCUGUUUUCAGUUAGUAUGUACUUUAGUAACACUUUUUAAGCAAUGCUAAUUUCCUCGCACACACUGUUCAUAUGAUGUGUUUUGUUUGUUCCCCUCUCUGCAGUACUUAACGUGUUCUUUUGAGGUGGCCUUCGAUCCCCGCAACAACAGCCACGAGCACAAGUCACACAAGUGCAAGAAACAGAGGGAGAGCGUGUAACCUGUAAAAUACAAAGUUUUUUUUUUUUUUUUUACUUUAGCUUUUACCGCCUAGAUCCAUUUUGGUACCGUGUAAGUAGUUUUUUUUUCUGAAUCAAUCUUUGCAGUUGAAUUGACAGCCGUAUAGAAUAAUCGAUAAUCGAUAAAGAUGACCCAUGGUAGGUUCAGUAAAAGUAGACAGACAACCAAAACGAGAUUUUUGUUUGUUUGUUUUUUCCAUUAUUAGUAAUGAUAUCUGCCAUUAUUAUUUAUGCUUUCUGGGUUUUUUUUACUGUGAUCUCUUUCCUUUUUUUACUAGUUCAUGGUAUUACAUAACGUUUAUGCAACAUGGGUACUAGAUAUAAUAGCAUCACAAGAAAUUACUGCUCAGCCAGGAGUACAGCAGAAAUUGUCUUGUGUUGAAAAAAAAAAAGCUAUGGUAAUAUGAUGUAGCUUGUAGGUUCAUAGUGGGGGACAGAAGUGUUUCCUUAUACAUGAUGCACUCACUGUAACAACAGCAGAUGAUGAAGACUCAGAAACCAACAGUGUGUGGCUCCUUCUGCAGCCCAUAUCAUGUCUGAAGGGACAACCGGCGAAAGCUUUGUACUGGACCUGCAUCCACUUCAGUUUCAUACACUUUACAAUAAUGACGUGUGCUGUACGCGAAGGCAUUUGCAUUUCCUAGUAAAGUUUGUUUAGAAACAUGUUGCUCAA